AUGAUGAACAUACUGAGCGAAAUGAUGGGCAUCGGAGGCGGAUACGGUGGACGAUACAGCUGUCAGAUGCGUGCCUACUCUGCUGCCUUCAUUGAUGCUGAUUUAGCUAAAGUCACGGAGCUUAAUUAUGGUGGAAAGAUUUUGUUGCCAAAUUCAACAUUAGACUACUUGGUCCGAUACAAUGUGCCUUAUCCCAUGCUAUUCAAGGUUUCUGCGCUAGGCGAUUCACCUAGGGCUACGAAUUGUGGUGUACUUGAAUUUUCAGCUCCUGAAGGAAAAGCGUACCUGCCACGAUGGAUGAUGAAACAGUUGCGUAUUGAUGAUGGGGCUGAGAUACGUGUUGAUUCCGUAACUCUCCCUUCUGCCACUUACGCGAAGCUCAAACCACAGUCUCCUGAGUUCUUGAACAUUAGCAAUCCAAGAGCCGUUUUGGAAGUGGAGUUGCGUAAAUUCGCCUGUCUUACGAAGAACGAUGUAAUUGCUGUUCUGUAUGCGGAUCAAGUCCUCGAAUUCUUGGUACAGGAAGUUAUGCCAAGCAAUGCUGUCUGCAUCAUUGAGUGCGACCUGAACUUAGAUUUCGAUGCACCAGAAGGGUAUGUGGACGAAUCGACACACACUAAGCCAUCUUCUUUGAAGCCUCCGGCCGCCUCUGUUAAAUCAUUGCAAGGUCCUUCUGGUUCUCACUUUUCUGCUUUCUCUGGAUCUGGCCAUCGCUUAGAUGGAAAGAAAAAACCGUCGUCGAACAGCAUGCAUACUGAUCAAGGAGAAGAACUUCUUGAUAAUUUGGCAUCACUCCCACCUGUGGUUUGCAAUGAGGAUUAUAAACCAGAAGUGAAUUGGAAACCAAAAUAUUUAGGGACAUUGACAUUCAUACGUUAUGAUUAUAAGUCGCGUUUCGAAACUGAACGUAAGCUGCAGGAAGCGAAACAAACUGGGACGAAAAGGAAUGAACUUUUCGGAGGUUCAAGUUCCACUACCAGGAAAGCGUAUUGA